AUGCAGCUCGCGGGUGACUACAGCGAGUAUUUCGACAAGAUUUCAGACAUGUUCGAGGAGAUUGGCUACAUCCUUUCCUGCCUUCGACGAUAUCCUCGUCUGUAUCCUGACAAUAAGAUUCUACGCGAGUCAAUGGUAGAAAUCUUCCAAGCAAUCAUGCAGUUUUGUACCAGAGCUCGGGAUGUUUUUCAUCAGGGGAAGAAACACCAGAGCGGCAUUAGAGCCUUGAAUCCUGUCGGCCUCCACGCAGCGUGGAAACUCAUCUGGAAGCCCUUCAAGCUUCAAUUUGGUGACAUCAUGGACCAAAUUAGAUCCUCCUUAACCAGGAUUGAUCAUGAAGUUGACAUUGCGGAGAAGGAGCUAGCCAACAAGGAGAGAGGCAAGGCAGAGCAAGAACGCCAGCUACAGACAUCUCGCUGGGAUGCGCUUCAAUCGCAUCAAAAGUCAGUCACCGAGUUCGUUGACCAGCAAAGAAUCGAUUAUGUGAAUCAGUGGCUCUCGCCGGUCAAUGCCGCAUCAAAUCAUACCUCAGCUACAAAGCUUCGCUACCAGGGAACAGGGAACUGGUUCAUAGAUGGACAAGAUUUCCAGCAAUGGCUAUCACACGAAAAUUCCUUCCUGUGGCUGCAUGCCAUUCCUGGAGGAGGCAAAACUAUCCUGGCUUCUACUGUCAUCGACUGGUUACGCAAUCACAAGAAGAGCCGUGAGGUUGCACUGGCUUACUUUUACUGUGAUUAUAAAGAUAAGCAAAAACAGUCGCCCACCAAGAUUGUAAGCACAUUAUUGUGGAUGCUAGCAUCCCAAAAUAAUGAUGUGUUUGGUAGAAUCCAGACAUUCUUCGAACAACAAUGCAAAGAGAACCCGGCCUAUACCCCAGAGUUUGACGAGCUUCUGAACAAUUUCGGCCAUUUUGUGGCGAACAGUUUUGAAACUAUCUUCGUUGUCGCCGAUGCUUUGGAUGAAAGUGAAGACAGGGAAUGUGUAUCCUAUGCCCUGAAAAAGAUAUUCGAGACCUGCAAAUGUGCCAAGGUCUUUGUUACCAGCCGCCAUGAGAUUGACAUUGCUCGAGCUCUUGAUGGACUACCCAAUACCACUAUUGAGGCUACUGAUGUCGCGGGGGACAUUGAACUAUACGUGAAAGCCGAGGUGGCCACCAAAAUCAAGACGCGCAAACUGAAGCUGAGAGAUCCGAACCUUGAGAGUGUCAUCUGCGAAACUCUCAUACAUGGCGCCCACGGCAUGUUCCAAUGGGUAAAGUGUCAGCUUGAUCAAUUGUGCAAGCUUCGUAAUGACAAAGCCGUGCGAAACGCUCUGAACGACCUCCCCAAGACCCUGCACGAUACCUACAUCCGGAUCCUGCAAAAACUGGAGGCCGAGAAUGCCGACGAUGUGGAAGUUGUGCAUCGAUUGCUGAAGUGGCUCGUUCGAGGUGUACGAAAUCUCACACUGAGCGAGUUGGCGGAGUGUGUGAGUAUCGAUCUCAACAGUUCGGAUGAGUCAUUUGACUUUGAUGCAGUCUUUACAGACGCGGAAGAUGUUGUAGAGCUAUGUGGAAGUCUAAUCACGCUCUCGUCUGAUGGUCAUGUCGCUUUGGCCCACUACACAGUUAAAGAAUUUCUGGUGUCUGGGUACAUCAAGAAUGCCAUGCCUCAGUUUUGGAUAGGCUGUGAUGAUGUUCAUGCGGAGCUAGCGAGCAUUUGCCUUACUUACCUGAAUUACGAUGACUUCUCAGGGAGCGACGGAAAAUCGGGAGAAGUCUUGCUGCGAGACCUUCACGAGUACAAAUUUCUCCCAUAUGCCGUGCACGCAUGGGGUACUCACGCACAUCUCGGUGAUAUCAAUAAUACCCAACAUGCCGUCUUUGACCUGACCAUGAGACUGUUUGAAUCGGGGGUUGACACUGGUACCAACUACGAAACUUGGUACAAGAUAUAUUUCCAUCAACAAAGGACCGCUGGGCAGCGGCUGAAGCCAUCCAACAAUGAUCCGAUCUAUUUUGCGUCCUUGUUUGGCCUCUCUCGUGCAGUCUCAGAGCUAUUGGACAAUAGCCCUGACACUUACAUUGUAGAGCCGAUGAAGGCGAGCGCGAGUGCCGGACACUACGCGGUGAUCGAAGUGUUCUUCCGGCAGUGUGGAUCUAUAGAAACCAAGGUACUAGAGCAAUGUCUUUACUUGGCUUCCAGUCAAGGGCAUGACCGUGUGGUACAGCUUCUGCUUAACAAUGGGACGGAUGUGAAUGCUCGCUCGGGAAGACAUGGCACACCCCUUCAAGUCGCUUCUCUCGAUGGUAGGCAUCAGGUGGUCUCGACACUCCUUGCACACGGUGCAGACCUCAAUGUGACUUGCCAGAGAUAUGGUGUACCUCUUGCUGCUGCCGCCGAGAAAGGACACUUGCAUACUUUCCAAACUCUCCUCGACCACGGUGCCAAUGUGAACAGCCGUGGCGGUUGGUACGCCUAUCCUCUGGUUUCUGCAAUUGUUGGUCAGAACAUGCAGAUGGUUGACACCUUGGUUCAGCGAGGUGCCAGUGUCAAUGCUCUGGGUGGUCGGCACGGAAGCGCCUUGAUGGCUGCAUCCUCAUUGGGGAUAUUAGACUUGAUUCGCUCGCUGGUCUCCCAUGGGGCACGAGUAAACGAUGAGAACGAUAAAGGAACUGACAGCUUGUAUGCGGCAUGCUUGGCGGGAAAUCUGGACUCCGUGAAGCUUCUGAUAGAACUUGGAGCUGAUGUCAAUGCAAAAGGAGGCAAGCAUCGAAACGCGCUCAAUGCAGCGAGUGCAGGCAACCAUGUCGAUAUUGUUCGAUACCUUCUCGACGCUGGGGCGGAUGUGGAUUUCUUUGACGAACACUAUGGGAACAGUGUUCAAACAGCUGCAGCUGCCGGACACAAUGAGGUUAUCCUUACCCUGGUGGAGGCUGGAGUGGACCUCAAUGCACCCAGUGGGGAUAGGGGAACUGCGCUCAUUACAGCCGCGCAAAACGGCCAUACUGAGACACUUGAGCUUCUUUUUGAGUUGGGAGUACCCUCAGGCGAUACCUACGAGAUGAGUAAUGCCAUCAUGGUGGCUGCGAACAGGGGACAUACGAGCGCUGUCAAAGUCUUGGUGGAAAUGGGAGCGGCUAUGGAUGACUGCAGCACGCUCUCCACAUAUCCUUGCUGCACCCCUCUUGAAGCUGCCGCUAUAAAGGGGAACUUGGAGACGAUGGAUCUGCUGCUCAAUCUCGGCGCGGAUGUGAAUUACGUGAACGAGGGGAAGUAUGGGACUGCACUUAUCGCCGCUUGUCUUGUAGAAAAGUCCGAUAUUGCUGCAGCAGUGCGACUCCUCGACGCAGGAGCCGAUGUUGAUGCCACUGCAGAUACUGAAUUGAUAUGCUGUGCAUUGGUCGGGGCCUUGUCUCGUGAGAACUAUGAGCUUUGUGUGACUCUCCUGGACCGUGGCGCUGAUGUGAAUCUGGCCUACAUGUGCUAUUUGACCCCGCUGAUGAUGGUCAUGAAACUUGCGGACGAAAAGUUCCUAGAGUUGCUGAUCAGUCGUGGCGCAGAUGUUAAUCUGGCCAUCGAAAUCCCGGAUGACGAUUCGACUUGCAAUGAAGACGGAUGUGUCACGCCCCUACAAGCUGCGGUGUACUACGGUUCCAACGAGACAGUUCGAAAAUUGAUUGAUAUGGGAGCUCAUCUUUCUGUGGACAUGGAAGAUGUGCGAUUCUCUUCGGCGCUGCAAGUUGCAUGUCAUCGAGGCGACGUGGACAAAAUUCGCCUGUUGAUCGAUGCAGGCAGUGAUGUCAAUGAAGUCGGUGGUGUGUAUGGUACAGCCCUGCAAGCUGCUGCAUAUCUCGGCCAUCUUGAAGCAACGCGAAUGAUUAUCGAAGCUGGUGGCGAUAUCAACACUUGUGGCGGAGGCGAUAGCAACGCCCUAAUGGAUGCGACCGAUCAGAGCCACUUGGAAGUCGUCCAGCUACUUGUUGAGCAGGGGGCGAAUGUUAACCUCUCGAUGGGAAAUAAACAUUCAUACAGCUAUCCACUCACAGCGGCUGCCUUCAACGGAGAUGAAUCAAUCAUUCAAGUCUUACUUGAAGCUGGAGCCAACGUGAACAACCGAGGAGGCAGAUGGGCCACUGCACUCCAAGCUGCUGCUUCUGAGGGUCAAGAAGAAGCCUGCACUCUCUUGCUCAAGCAUGGGGCAGACCUCAACAUCGUGGGCGGUAGAUACGGAACGGCACUCCAGGCAGCGUAUACACAUGGAUACUAUUUGAUUAUUUGGGAGCUCUUCCGCCACGGGGCAUCAACGAGUCUACAGGGUGGACAAUACGGAACUGCCUUGGGUGCGGCCCUGUCAGGUUCUUGUCAAACUUUAGUCUCUGGGCUCCUCCGACAUUAUCAUGCCGAUCCGAAUGCUCCAAUCCGAAAAUGGGGGACUCCGCUUAUCCUGGCUUGCUCUAAUUGGCGCGAAGAUGAUGCAUAUAGCAUCUUGCUUGACGUGGGAGCAGACGUCAACGCCCGUGGUGGCUUGUAUGGUGCCCCUCUCAUUUGCGCGGUGGUGCAUGGGCAGGAGGCCCAAGUUAUGGCGUUGUUAGAAGCUGGGGCCAAUGUCAACAUUGAAGGGAAUAAAAUCUAUCCGACUGCUGUCCACGGUGCAAUCAAAGCCGGAAAUCUAUCCAUUCUUCGACUCCUAGUCGAGAAGGGUGCAGAUCUUAGUAUCUCGAAUGGCGUGCAUGGCUCUCCUGUGGAAUAUGCUUCAAGGUUGGGUAAUUUCUCGAUCCUGCGCUACUUACUCAAGCGAAGAGCCAAUAUCAAGCCUACUGGCAGAGGGAAAUAUCACAACGCUUUACAGGGUGCUAGUGUGAGCGGAAAUAAAGCUAUCGUCAAGGCUCUGCUACGGCAUGGUAUCGACAUCAACAUCACUGGCGGGAAAUUCGGCACAGCGUUGACAGCUGCUGUGUUACGCGAUGAUAUUGAUCUCGCGGAAUACCUUUUGAAGAAAGGGAUCAAUCCAAAUGCACCAGGCGGUAUUUAUUCCGGUGCAUUACAAGCGGUAGCUGCGUCAGGAUCUGUCUCCGGUACGCUCCUAUUGCUUCGGUAUGGUGCCAACAUCAACAAGACUGGGGGGAAGUUCUUCACUCCUUUACAGGCGGCUGCUGCAAGUGGCAAUUAUGAACUGGUUCAACUUCUUCUUGAGCGAGGCGCCAACGUGAACAUAUUUGGUGGCCAAUGCCAUUCCCCCCUUCAUGCAGCUGCAUUGACGGGCUGUGAUGAUGUCUGCGAACUUCUCAUGAAGAACGGGGCACAAUGGACCCUACCUGAUCCCAAGCUGAAUCAUCUAGCUUCGUGGCAAAUUGAAACUGCGACUGAAGUCCUUCAGAAGUGUAAGGACCGACAAGAUCGCGGAUGGCCGGAGGAUUCAGAGGAUGAGUGGUCAGAUGACGAAGAUGAGGACGAAGAGGAAGAAGGAGAUGAAGAUGAAGCGGAGGAAGAAGAAGCUGAUGACACUAUUCUGAAGCUGAAUGUCGAGGCCAUUCCGCUCUUCGACAUGCCUUACUAUCCCUCUCAUCGUACUGAACCUUCCAUUAUGACAGAUGGAGGUGAAGGCCCAGAUCCAGAUGAUUCCAGGUCUAAAAGUAACGGGGUUGGGAUUGAUAAUGCGUCGAAAGGCAUGAGUGAGGAAUUGAUCUCGCUGAACAGGGUUAAUACCACGGGCUGGUCUUCAUUGGAAUGGGUCAAGAUUGAAUGUGGACCAGAUGGGGAUCUGGGUUAA